GUUGGGGAUAUUUCGAAGCGUACAUCUGGCAACACUGAUAAGAAUACUAAAUUCAAAUUUCUUAGUUUUAAGAAUUUUGAAAUGUCAGUCAUGUCUACAAUCUACAUUACUAUAUAUUCCACAAGUUAAAUCAAGUUAUUAGUUUUCAAAACUGUAAAUGCUUUAUAAAUAUAUUUUCAUAAUUGUGUUUCCAUUGAAAUAUUAUAUGUCCGUUUAAUCGAUUUUCAUUCAAAAUGAAUUUGGGAGAUCCGGAACUAGAACUGAUCGAUCCAACGCCCGACGUUCACAGCCUUUUCUUGCAUUUUGACAAAUUGUUCUUCUGGACUUCACUAGCCAGCCGCGCCGUUGUAAGAUGGAGCAAGCGAAUGUACACUUGUGCCGGGAUAUGCUCGUACGAAGGCAGGAGUGGUUUCUGCGACAUAGCCCUCAGUGAGCCAUUACUCAAGCUGAGGCCCCGCAAGGACCUGGUGGAGACACUUCUCCAUGAGAUGAUCCACGCCUACCUUUUCAUCACACGCCGAGACAGAGACAGGGAUGGCCAUGGGCCAAUCUUCUUGAGCCACAUGCACAGAAUCAAUCAGUUUGCUGGACUUAAUAUAAAUGUGUAUCAUGAUUUUCAUGAUGAGGUUAAAUUAUAUCAAACACACUGGUGGCGCUGCAAUGGACCUUGCCAAUCGCGACGGCCUCACUUCGGCAUCGUACGUCGCACGUGCAACAGAGCACCUGGGAAAUCAGACUACUGGUGGCGGGACCACCUAGCUUCAUGUGGAGGUACAUUCAUCAAAAUCAAGGAACCAGAGAAAAAAGACAAGAAAGCACCAGCACCAAAACCUUCCACUAACCCCAUUACUAAGUACAUAAAUAACAAUAAUGAAAAUAUCUUAAAUAAAAAUAUACAAGACAUUCCAAGCUCAAAACCGGUACUAAAAGAUAGCAACUAUGUUCCACCCAAACCAAAUCCAAAGCCCAAGAUAAAUGGUAUAGCUACAAUAGUCAGCACUAAGAGAGACAACAUUGUUUUCAACCCAAAGCCUCCCAGUAUCAAACCAUUUAUUGGUACAGGACAAAUAAUUCCUGGGUCUAGGAGUAGGACACAAUCGGCCAGUGCAGCAGAAGCUGUGAGGAACAUCUGGGCCAACAAACAGCUUCCUGGUGUCAAUAUUGAUACGCAUCACUCUCCUGUUAUAAGUGGCAUUAACAAUAAUUUAGCAAAUGCAAACAAAAAUAAAAGAAUUUCCACAGAUAUGAUAUCCACUCCUAAAAAAAUUAUGAAAAUAGAUGAUUACUACAAGGACAAAGCCUCAUCUAUUUUGAAAGAUGUGUAUGGUCAAGAUUUUAAAGUAACUCAGCCAAAAGAUAGUAACAAGUUGGUAGCAGUUACUGUAAAGAAAUCAGUAAAUUGUCCAGUGUGUAAUGCAAGUAUUGCAGAUGACAUAAUUAACAUGCACUUGGAUGAAUGUCUUAAUAAAGACAUAAUAGACAAACUUAGCAAGGAGAUGAUACCAAUAGCUAGCACUGUAGAAACCACAGAAACAAAAGUCCUUAAAGUUAGCGAAACAUCAGCAUUUUCAAAAUAUAUUAAGAUUCCUGAAGUCAGCAAAUUUAAAUUAGAGAAUACCGACAUCAAGCUCGAAAUACCUGACUCUAUAAAUUUAUCUUUUAUGGAUGAGUUGAUACCCGAUAAGCUUAAAAAAGGAAAGGGUAUAGGCAAAACAACACAUAAAGAAAUUAAUGAUGCAGUCUACUCAAUGAUUAAAAGUGAAGGGACGAUUAAAGCAGACCUUGCAAGUAUUAUUAAGCCUAUAGAUGUGAAAGUAGAUUACACAACAAAAGACAUAAUAACUUUGAAGGGUGAGAUGGCAGAUAAUAAGGAAAAAGACCAGGACAUUCAAGGCGGAAAGCAUUGCCCUUGUUGUAAUGUAAAAGUUUUCAAACCAAUGGCAGACCAUUUAGAAGAAUGUUUGAAGUUCUUUGGUAACGACAAAACAAUACCUCAAGAAGGCGCUUCGACCAGUAUGAAUAAUGCGAUAAUCAUUGAUGACGAUGACGACAUAUUCGACGAGACAAUGACUAUGAACCCCACAGGGACUAAGACGCCUUGCCCUUGUUGCCUCAAUAUGAUAGAACUGGACAAUAUGAAUGAUCAUUUAGAUGAAUGUUUACAAUAAACUAAGUAUUUAUUUUUAGACUAAUGUUGAUAAUUAAGGGAUAUUUUAGCAUUUAUUCUGUAUUAGAUAAUUUGGGUAUUCUUCCAGAGCUUGAUACAGCUCUUAGUAGAUAAAACUAGACAAAUAAAAAAUGACCCACCCACACUUAAUUCAUUAAAUCCAUGAUUAGUGAUUUAGUUGCUUUCUGGGAAAUACAGUCAUAACAUUUAAUAAAUACAAUCGUUGCCAAAAGUCAUAUUGUGGCAGUAAUAGUAAUUAAAGUAAUCAUAAUGCUAAAUCACCCACUGAUGUAGAUUAUAAUUUUUAUCUAAUUAAUAAUUGUGGAUUUAUGAUUAUAGCAAAUGACUAGUUAACUUCGAUGUGAUAUUAGUAUAAUGAACAGCAUAUUAAAUCUAUGUUUAAUCUUACCUUGCAUUUCAAACUUAAGUAAUGAUUGUCAAUCAAUGUGUUCUGUUAUUCAAUGUGAUAUUAGAAAUAAUGUGUUAUGGAAUAAUAAAGAGAAUCUCAAAUUUGUAGUUCUCGGUGUCAGAUUGUUUAAU